UAUAUUAUUUAUCUUAUUCGAUUAUCAAGAGGGCCUAUAGACCUUGGCCACGUAUUUGACACAAGUGGCUUUGACAAAAUAUAAAUAAAUGAAAAAUGUACCGUAGAUUCAUAAUUACUACCAUCCUCAAGGCCAGUGACUCGAGUUAUUGUAAUAAUUUCAAAAAUAUAAACAUGUCUGCUUGUGCGCUUACAAGACCAGGCAACAUAGUAAACUAUGAUCAGUUUAAAACCUUAAUGCAAGAUGAAAAAGUUGUUGUAAUCGAUGUCAGACAACCUGAAGAAUUAAAAGAGCAUGGGGCAUUACCUAAAGGCAUUAACGUACCACUAAUGAAUAAUGAACUAGAAGAAGCUUUCAAGUCAUUGACAAAUGAGCAAUUUUCAAAAAAAUACGGACACGAGAAACCAGACAAGGACACUCCAAUCAUAUUUUCGUGUAUGAAGGGUGGUAGAAGUACCAAAGCAGAAGAAAUAGCUUUAAAACUAGGCUACAAAAACAUCAAAAACUUUACAGGAGGAUGGACAGAGUGGGCAGAAAAAAACAAAAACUAAUUUAUUAAAAUUGUAUAAAUUUUUCUAUACCAAAAUAAUAUACAUAACAAGAGGAAGGACUAGAUUAUCAAUUUGUGUUGUUUUAGCCUCGACCAACGAUCCAACAAUAACCGCUAUCACUAUCCUGAUAACGUGCUCAAAGGUCAAAAACCACAAAACACCUAAAAACAAUAUUUAAUACUCCAAUAACAAAUAAACAAUAAUUAUUACCUAAAUAAAACAGCAAAUAAACAAAACCCAAUUGGCUCAAAACGCACCCCAAAGUUCCUUCAAUAGUUUUAAGUGAAUCCUUCCAUUUAAACUUGCCAAAAUUCGAACCAAUGUAACUAGCACUGGUGUCUCCAAUACCUAUCGACAAUAGGCCGCUAAGUAAAGGUAGAAGACCGAAUUGAGCUGAGUCUGUUACGUCGCAUGGCGAGGGAUGAAGCCAAAUGGGCAGAGAAAUACCCACCAACAAAUAAAUCGGUGUUAAAGCUAAUAGUCCUGUGUCUUUAUCGUCGCUGAACACAAUGUAGCCGUCUUGCAGGCGACUGCCUAAGGGAGGAAUCGAUAACAGUCUUAGAAUCUAGAAAAAUAAGUCUUUUAAAUGGAUAAUUAAUUAAUGUCUGAUUGAUGAUUAAGUUAUAUUUUCUCUUUGUACUGUUAAAAUCUUGCCAGUUUCCAGAGAACAAAAUAUCUUUUUCUCCUUUUGUUUAGCAUAACAUCCUGUAGAAUAUUGCUCAUCUAGGUUUCUAUCAAAAAGUUUUUUAAAAUAAUGGACUCUAGAUACAGGUUGUCCCAAAAAUUAUUUGUUGUAUUUAAAAAAAGUUAGCAGUAAGCUUGUGAGUUUUUAAAGAUACCCUGUAUGAAAGUAAAUUUAAAGUUUGAAUGCAAGAAAUAAGUUGACAAUAUACUGGUGGUGAUUACAGCAACAGGCUUACCAUAUAUUUUGUAUUUUAUUCACAUUUUGAAAUUUUAUUGAGUUAUUCAAGACAUUCAAUUUGAAUUUUCUGAGUUUUAUACAAACUUUGAUAAGUCUAGUUGAGACUGGAUCAUCUAGAGAAGUAUGAAACUCUGAUUUUUCAGUUUUUGAACCUUAAAGAGCUGAAAUUGAAGUAGAUAAUCGUAAAAAUCCUAUUCCUGGCUCUACUGGUCAAAAUUUAACCAAAAGAUGUACAAAACUUUGAUUUCUCACCAUUCUAUAGUUGAAUGUAGACCAGAGAGGGUCACAAAAGUCAUUUUUCAACUUCCUUGUGCAACUGGAGACACCUGAAAAUUCUAUAUUCAAUGAUCCUAGAGCUAAAAUUUGACCUAGAGAAGCAUGAAAACUUUAUUCGUGAUACAACUGGGCCAGUUGAACUGGCCUAAAAGACAUACAAAAUCCUGAUUUCUGACCAUUCUUGUUAAAGUUGGACCAGAGAAGGUUACAAGUCAUUUUUGAACUUCUUUGUACUGGAGAAGUUUCAAAACCUCAGAACCAACUCUUCCAAGGCUGAAACUCAUACUAGAAAAGCAUGAAAGAACAUCUUUUUCUUGGUUCUGCUGAUCAAAAUUACUCUAAAAGAUAGGUAUACAAAAUCCUGAUUUCUCAUCUUUCUAUAGUUGAAAAUAGACCAGAAAGGUUCACAAAACUCAUUUUUGAACUUUCUUGUACUGAAAUUCAAUUGCAGAAAUUUUGGAACUCCAGAACCAACUCUCCCAGAGCUGAAAUUUACACUAGAAAAACAUGAAAGAACAUCUUAUUCCUGACUCUGCUGAUCAAAAUUACCCUAAAGAUAUACAGAAUCCUGAUUUCUC